CCGGACGCUGGCCCGCCCACCGGAGCGAAGACAAAAACAAUCGGCAUCACUCGCACAGGCUGUAAUAAACAAGAGGACCUCCGCAAAUCAGAAAAUAUAUAACUGGUCCAGAGGCGCCGACAUCAAAGCGGGAGAAAUGGUUUCUCCGGUAACAGUGGUCAAGAGCGAAGGGCCCAAGCUGGUGCCGUUCUUCAAGGCCACCUGCGUCUACUUCGUCCUGUGGCUGCCCACCUCCAGCCCGUCCUGGUUCAGCGCCCUCAUCAAAUGCCUGCCCAUCUUCUGCCUCUGGGUCUUCCUGCUGGCGCACGGCUUCAGCUUCCUGGGCGCCCGCGCCAGCGCCCGCAAGAUCCUGGCCGGCCUCAUCUUCUCGGCCCUGGGCGACGCCUUCCUCAUCUGGCAGGAGCAGGGCUACUUCGUCCAUGGUCUUCUGAUGUUCGCCAUCACCCACAUCCUCUACUCCUCUGCCUUCGGGAUGCAGCCGGUGAACGUGCGCGCGGGCCUGGCCAUCGCCGCCGUGUCGUCGCUGAGCUACCUGCUGCUCUACCCGUACCUGUCGGGGCCCUUCACCUACCUGGUGGCCGUCUACAUCGCCCUGAUCGGCUUCAUGGGCUGGAGGGCCAUCGCGGGCCUGCAGCUCGCCAACGACCUGUGGACCUGGACCAAGCUGUCCGCCUGCCUGGGCGCCGUCCUCUUCAUGGUGUCCGACCUCACCAUCGCCGUCAACAAGUUCUGCUUCCCGGUGCCGCACUCGCGCGCCAUCAUCAUGGCCACCUACUACGCCGCCCAGAUGCUGAUCGCGCUGUCGGCCGUCGAGUGCCAGGACGCCGAGGUGGCCAGGAAGCGGACGUGAGCCCCGGGGGUCCCCGCGGCGACUGGUCAGGAAGCUGGGCCGCCGGUGGUGAUAAUGGACAUGUCUCACUGCCAGAUGCCCGGCGCUGUCAGGCCCGCGCCACUGUUACCAUGGCGACCGGUCCACUACAGCCACCCCACUACGCCACUAGUAUGGUAGUCUGUCACCUGUCUUCUCACCAUGAAGAGAGGGUAGUAUUAUCCUAACAGUCUUACCUGCUGCAUCCAGUCUCUCAACCCUAGUUACCAUGGAGACAGGUGUAGAAACAUUAACCUGCUUUGUACUGUUUUUAUUUUGAUGUUAA